GUCGUCUUAAAAAAAAAAACUCAGGAAAAACAGUAUAUUUCUCCGUCUCCAAGGUUGCAGGCAGCAAACGGAAAGCUACGCGAGUGUGUUGUUGAAACGGUGUGCGGUGGUGUAUGCUGCGAUGUGGUUGAUGCACGGCCGAAGGAGCAGCCCCAGGGGCGACAGUGUUUGUGUUGCUGAUGGUGACUGCAGUAACAGCAGGCUGAUGAAGAAUGAUUCCUUCUGCUUGAACCAAUCCUUCCCCUCCGCACGAAACUGCAGUCUUAACAGCCUAGACGCAACAGGUGAUUCUCAUGGUGGUUCAUCAGUGGCAAUGAGGAAUCUUCAGCUAUCUGAUUUGCAUAUCUCCCACUCUGCACCUCAACCUUCAGAUCAGGGGUCUCCUGUGUUGGAGAACUCCCUGCUCAGACAAUUUAUUAGUACCACUCCUGAGAAUAGAGGCACAACCCUCACGAUCAACCCCAAUAAAGCAAUCCUGUCCAUCAACCAUUUAACAUCACAGGUUUUGGAUGCAAACAAACACGCUUGUAAACUAUUUGAGUGUGAAAAUAGUGAUUUGAUUGGCCAGAAGCUGACCUCUCUCUUGAGAGUCAAUCAUAUGCUAGAGGAGGUCCUGAGGGAAGACAUUCUGGAUUCUGCUGGGAACCUUAUUACUGUUUCUGCAAAAGUGGUGACUGCUGUGAGUUUGUCAGGAGCAGAGUUUCCUGUGUCAGUGUGGCUUCAGACUCCCAAGCAGCAGCUGCAGAUCUUUGCGAUCCUGCUGGAGAGAGUGGAGAGAAUCACGGCACAUGUGACAUUUGCUCGGAAUGGUGGAAUCCUCAGUUGUGACGCCACUUUUGCCUAUCUCUAUGGUUACCACACUGCUGAGGAGAUGACAGGCAUGUCAAUCAUGUCUCUGAUGCCAUCAUUACAGAUCCCUUUUAACUGCAGGACAACUCUGAAGGGAUUACGUGUACAGAGGUUGUGUUUGCAGGCCAAGUCUGGUUUAGCUAUUCCUGCAUGUGUCCGUCUGCAGGCAGCCGUGUCCUGUGUUAGAUCAGCACUGCUGAUGAAUGGACCAGUAAAUCCAGAAUCAUCUGAUCGCCGAACACCAUCAGGUGGUAAAUCAGGUGCAGGUGGUGUUCUGUCCCCCAGCUCAGGUGUGCUGUACUCUGGAUCAGUGUCUGUGUUUGCUCCUAGUAGCUGUCUCCUGACACUUCAGCCCAACGGCACCAUCCACAGUCUCAGUAACAUCUUCAGCUUCCUGCUCCUCGGGUACAGCAGCAGUCAGCUGCUUGGCAGGAAUGUCACCUACCUGAUACCAGCAUUUUAUGAGCGAGUUUGUGCUAUGGAGCGAAGCAACAACCCUGUAUCUCAUCCAAAUGACACAUCCAGCCCGUCCAGUUGCCACACAGACCCCCGUAGAUUCUCUGUUAGUGCUAACUUUCCUCCUGUUGAUGUUCUAACCCUUACUACUGACACAACAAAGGACAAUCAGCAAGACACAUGUAAUCCAAAUACAGUGCUUGCUGGUGACAGUGUGAUGGUGCAUCUGGCCAUGCGGAGGAGAGCAGGUCUUGGGAAAGGAAAGAGGAUCUUUACUGGGAACAUUGCUAAACUGCAGAAGGAAGGCAGCGUGCCAUCAACCAUGACCUCACCUGUUGUCACCUCCACACCACUUAAUGGGUUGGAUGAUACUACAGAACUUUGUGAGCAGGCUGUAGACGUGACUGCUCAGGUUUCCGAGUCUGACUCUGCCAACUCCACAACUGCUCUGCUUCGGACCUUUGCUUUGGUGGAGUCCCUGGAGGUCCAUAAGACCUGCCUAUUUCCCAAAUUCUCUCCUCACUCUGGGCAGCCCCUCACUGGGCAAGACGCCUCCAAGUCCCCAUUGAAACAGGAACCCCUGAAAUCAGACUGUAAGAAGGCUCCAGUGAAGUCUGGUGUAUCUGCACCACAUGGUGAACCUCACUCAUUGUCCUGCCAGUGUUCAGAGCAGGCUCAGUUUCAGGACUCCAGCUUUGAAGUGAUUUCCCUGGGCAGUGGCUCAUCCUCUGGGUUUUGUGAGAAGCUUGUAGGAGGUUCAGGUCCAGAAAAGUUUGAUGAAUAUCAGCAGGGACAGCAGCUUGCUGAAUCCGGGAGCUGCUUCCUGGACUUGAACUCUAAUGGAGAUGUUAUUGUUCAUGCAAUGUCAAAGAUGGACCUCAAUGAGAGCAUUGAAAUUCCGAACGCCCCUGCUGACCUCGACGGAUCGCUGACCUCAUGCGAUACUGCUGAACUCCUACGAACCCCUUCGCCCUUCAUUGUGGAGUCAGACCCUGAAUCAGAAGCUCAAAUCCACCCAGAGGAAGAGGAAACCCAAAAAACUACCCCAUCACUAAAAGAACAAGAAUGGCAAACAAGCUCUCAUCAGAAGGCUGUAGAGCCCCUGCAAAACAAUCAUCUAACCAAAGUCCUGGAACAGUGGAACUCGUUUUCAGAACACACUGUGGGGCGGGUUCUAGAUCUCCGGAAGGGAAGUGGUGUAAUGCUGUUACCUGGUGAUGCUCCCACAACCUCCACCCCUAAGAAGGUCCAGGCAAAUUCUCCCAUUCCAGAGGGCAGGUUUUAUGUCACGUGCUACCACAGAGAUGGAACCCCAGUUGAGGUGCAGUGUGAUGUGCGCGAAGUGUCCUUGUGCAGCGGCAGUUCUCUGGUCUGUGUAUGGCUGAGUGGGAGUCAUCUCUUGAUCCACCAUCAGGAGAUCUUACAGAGCGUAAUGUCUCCCACACUUGGGACAGGAGCUCCAGAACAAGAUGCCUUGGCCUGUAGCCUUGCUGAGGCAAUCCGUUCAGACGCCUUGCAUUCCUCUUUAGACCUGGAGCAGUCUGGAGCAUGUGAGGGUCAUUUUGAAGAAGACUACCGCCCACUGCGUUCAGUUGGAAAAGGAGCCUUUGGCUUUGUCUGGCUUGCUUCAAGACGACAAGAUGGAGAGGAAGUGAUUGUAAAGUUCAUCAGGAAAAGUGCAGUGGUCAGUGAAUGUUGGGUGGAUGAUCCUGAUCUGGGUCGAGUCAGUCAGGAAGUGGCCAUUCUGGCACGUCUGCAGCACCCCAACAUUGUGAAGGUGCUGGAGGUGUUUGAAAACGAAGGGUUCUUCCAAAUGGUAAUGGAGAAACAUGGAGAUGGCCUUGACCUAUUCGAGUUUAUUGACAUGCAGCCGAGACUGGACGAGGCUCUGGCAAGCUACAUCUUCAGACAGUUGGUAGCUGCAGUGAGCUACUUGCGUAGUACGAAAGUACUCCACAGGGACAUAAAGGAUGAAAAUAUCAUCAUAAAUUCUCACUUUCAUAUCCGGCUGAUUGAUUUUGGCUCGGCCACCCUGCUGGAACCCGGAAAACUCUUUUACACCUUCUGCGGCACUCUGGAGUACUGCUCGCCUGAGGUGCUUCAGGGAAACCCGUAUGAGGGUCCAGAACUGGAGAUGUGGUCUCUUGGAGUACUUUUAUACACCUUACUGUUCAGUGAAAAUCCAUUUGGCAGUGUGGAGGAAACACUGCAGGCCCAACUUAACCCUCCCUGCCAGAUAUCCACAGAGUUGAAUGGACUCUUGGCUGGUCUUUUGCACCCAUCAGUUGAUCAGAGAAUGACUCUAGAGGAGCUCUUAGAGUUGUCAUGGAUACGGCAGCCCAUAAACCUAGCAGAGUACUCCUGGGAAGAGGUCUUCCCCUCCAGCAACGAAUCCACAGAGCAUGUAUUGUCGAGCACAUGUGUGCACAAGGCAGACAUCCUCUACCUCGACAACAACUGGAGCACCUCUGAGGACACCCCUCUGGAGGAUGAGGAUGAAGAAGAGGAUGACGAGCAAAAAUCAACAAUGGCAGCGCUCCAAUCUGAACUGCUGAAAUAUCUCACAGAUGAGUGAAGAGCUGUUCUAUAAGAAGCAUUUUACUGCAUUCUGCUCCAUUGAUUUUGGCAUUACAUCUAAUGUCACCAUGAACACUAAUGCACAAUCUCUCCAGAGCCAUCCGUCCACACCUGCUGCUAUUCAUCAUGAUACAAAUCCAUCUAAAGAGCAAGAGCAAAGUGUGACUGUGUAUGGAAAGGAAGCCAUAUGUGUUGCUAAGAAACAGCUAUAUCUGUCUUUGAUGAAAGAAUAGGAGUGUUGUAAUAAUUUAUUAAAAAUUAUGCAUUUCACCAGUCAUUAGCGGUUUAAAACAUACUCCGAUUUGUAGAAACCUUGAAAGAAUAUCUGUUUUUGGCUCUUGGGAUUGUAGGAAAUACCGCAGCCAUUGUUCUGUUUAAAACAUGGAGCACAUGCACUAGAUUUGGUUGGGGGUCAGGCCUUUAGAGCUUCAAAAGAAUCCGUUGUGUAAGCAACUUAUAUUAGGUUGAUUUUAAACCUUUUUAAAUGUAAAUUUUAAUUAUUUUUAAAGCUUCUAUAUUUAUCCAAUUAAUAAAUUGAUAUUCGCAAUGUAAUUAUUUUCUUUUGCUGUCAUCAACUUUGUUUUAUUUCAAA